AUGGAACCACAUCUCAAGCUGUUGAAAGCUGAAGGAAACUCAUUAAAAGAUGUCAAAGAAUUUCAGCAACUUGUUGGUAGUUUAAUUUAUUUAACUAUCACAAGAUCAGAGAUUUCUUAUUCUGUUGAAAUUGUUUCUCAGUUUAUGCAGUGUCCAAGAAGCUCACUUUUAGAUGUAGCAAGGCGAAUUCUUCGUUAUGUGAAGGGCUCACUAAAUUAUGAUCUUAUGCAUAGAAGGCCUGAGAAAUUCAUGUUAAAUGGAUUUACUGACGCAGAUUGGGUUGGAGAUACAAAUGAUAGACAUUCAACUUCAGGAUAUUGUUUCGCUACUUGUUUAGCUAUGAUUCUUGGUGCAAUAAGAAACAACCAGUGGCAACAUUAUCUAGCACUCAAGCUGAGUACAUAG